GUCUUCGAUGUCCUCCGUGGCAACAGUCCUCGUCAACUGGAAAAGCUGCAAGUUGUUACUGGAGAUUUGACAAAGGACAUGUUGGGUUUGAGUCAAGACAGUGUUGCACAAUUGAAAGAUGUGUCCGUGGUAUUCCACUCGGCGGCCACCCUCAAAUUCAAUGAGAAACUCCGUCUUGCGGUGAAUUUGAACCUGCAACCAGUCAUUUGUGUGCUCGAGAUUUGUGACGUUUUGCCUAAUGUACUGGCCUUCAUCUACGUAUCAACCGCUUACAGCAACUCAGAGUUUUCUAGGGUAGAAGAGAAGGUAUAUCCCCCUGCAAUGAAAUUGGAGACGCUCAUGAAGAAACUGAAAGAAGGGGAUAUGGACGAGGAGAAGCUUGCAGAAUUCAUAUUUCCAAAACUAAACACCUAUAUAUUCUCGAAGGCAAUGGCGGAGCAUGUGAUUGCACAACAUAAGAAUAAAGGGUACAGUUCUGCUAUUUUCAGACCUUCUAUCGUGGUAUCAUCCCUCCAUCAUCCAACACCUGGUUGGAUAGAGAAUCUGAACGGUCCGAGUGGAGUAAUAGUUUUCACGGGCAAGGGAUUCCUUCGAGUGAUGAGAAGCAAUAGCUCCAUGGUGGGUGACAUGAUACCAGUGGACAUAGCUGUCGACACCAUGAUCGGUGUGGCUUGGGAGACUGCAUUACAGCAGAGCUCAUCAGUACGUGUAUACAAUUGUACUUCCACUGAGAAUCCAAUGACCUGGGGAGAAUUUAAAAAUUACCUAAACAAAUAUUUACGGGAAUAUCCUUUGGAAAAUGCAUUUUGGGUGCCAGCACUCCGAGAUGUGCACAAUGCAUUCCUGUAUAACAUUCAGGAAGUUCUACUGCAGACUAUACCGCUUUAUUCUAUUUGGUAUUUUAUGAAGUUAUUUGGGUAUAAGACACG